AUGAAUAUCCAAAUAAAGAAUUUGUUUGGAAAUUUUAUUUUAGUAGUUUUUGUUGGGUUGUUGUUAAUCAACCAAGAACAAUGCUAUGGUCUACCAAAUAGAAAUGAAUAUAAUAUAACUUUAGACUACAAUAGAUUUAGUAUUCCUUUGACACCUGGUAUUAAUCUAGACUCUAUAAGUAACAAUAUACUUCGUGAAAACUCAAAAAAGCUAGUAUGGAAGGAUUUAGAAUUGGUUUUGACUGACGAUGGAGUGCUCGAGUUAUCAAAGAUAUCGAAUUCUCAGUUACUCUGGCAGUCUGAAGUGCCAGAGGGCGAAUUUCAAGGACCGUUUCGAUUGGUAUUGGAACCAAAUUGUAGUCUUGUAAUCUACAGUGGUGAUAACGCUACAGUGUGGACAUCGGGUGCAGGAGUCAACGAUACAAGUCAAGAUGGUCCAUUCUAUUUCACUGUUUUGGAGGAAGGUGCUUAUGGGUAUCGAUGGGGAAUGUGGACAGUUUAUUACAAAUGGAAAAGAUGUGUUGAUGCUGGAUCAUCAUGGUUCGCUGCUUCUAAACGGCCAACCAGUGGUUAG